GAGAGAGAGAGAGAGAGAGAGAGAGAGAGAGAGAGAGAGAGAGAGAGAGAGAGAGGUUUAUAGGAGAAGAUGCGACACACCCGUACAGCCUGGCUCACCUGUACUUACUCUCCCUCUCACUCCCCCCCAUGAAGACUGAGGCUGCGGUUGAAAAGUCUUUUUCAUGACUGAUGACUCCCGACUUCACAGAUCUGAAAAAGAAGAGAUCUAUAUCUGGAUGGAUCUGAAGCUCAGUCGAUCACAAACACAAAACAACGGCUCUGUUGUUUCUACAUUUGCCGAGGUGAAACCACAAUGGUGUGUCUCUUUAAAUGUUGCUGUACUAAGGAAUUGUGGGACGGCAUUUCUCCUUUUCCUUUCGUAAAGGCAGGUCCAGUGUUUCCUUUGCUAAAAGGAGAUGAGAUAGGAAGCACAGAAGCUCCUUUCCUUCAUCAUUUAGAGGACUGGACCAGCUCUGAUCACGGCUGCCGCUCACAGACUUCAGCUCAUUUCACUCAGUUAGGAAGCUCUCCAUGUUCCUUACUCCUCCACACAUGGACCUGUGCACCACUGACACUGAUGAUGUCAUGCUGAUGCCUUUCGUGGUCCAACCUAUCCCAAGAUUCAUUGCGUGCUGGUAAUGAAAAUAAUAUGGUAAUAAUAUAUAGAUGAUAUUAUAUAACAAUAAUAAAGCUCAGGAUUACACUGUUAAAUGUAAGUGUUGGGUUUCGGCUCAGUUCAUCGGUAAAACCGUUAAAGCCAGGGGCCUUAAAACCUCAAGUUUUUGAGAAAAAAAAGUUAUGUGUUGUCAAGGUUGCUAGGCAACGCAAAACACUGUGGGAGGAGUCAGAUCACUGGGAGGAGUGAUGAUCAAAAUGAUCAGUUUCAGUGUGAUUUAUGAGACAGGUGGAAACGGAGCAGCUGAUCUGAACCAGAGAAAUAAUCAUGUCACUGUUAAUUAAUAAGAUAAUGAGCUAUAGAACAUGAAUACAUCAGAGAUUUAUAAUAACUGGACUGACUCUUUAACUGAGUCUCAUUCAUUUUAAUGAGUCAGUGAACCUUUAAUUAAACAUCUGGAUCUUUUCUCAAUAAAACCAUCAGUGUCCUACAAAGCUUCCUCUCCUCAUUCAUGAUCUGAUCAGUGUUUGAAUGUUUUAUAUAUCAUUUGUGUUACUAGGGUGACGUCAGGAGCAAACAGCGGCAGGCAGCGGGAGGUGGGGAGGUGUGUGUGUGUGUGUGUGUGUGUGUGUGUGGGGGGGGGGGGACUCGGUGCGCAUCUCUCCAAACUUCUCCAGCCGCGCGGAGCCGGAGAAUCACCCGGGAGAGAGAGGGGAGCUCAUCAGGGUCAGCGAUGAACAACAAGUCCGCGAGUCUGCAGAGUCCGCCCCGGGUCGGUACCGGGUCCGGGUCCGGGACCGUGGACCAUGAACUCGUCAUCACCUCCACGUUCGGGACGCUGCUCUCCGUGGUGUAUGUGGUCGGAGUGUCGGGGAACGUGUACACGCUGGUGGUGAUGUGUCACUCGAUCCGCUUCGCCACCUCCAUGUACAUCUCCAUCAUCAACCUGGCUGUGGCGGACCUGCUCUACCUGUCCACCAUCCCCUUCGUGGUGUCCACCUACUUCCUGAAGGACUGGUACUUCGGGGACGUGGGCUGCCGCGUCCUGCUGAGCCUGGACCUGCUGACCAUGCACGCCAGCAUCUUCACCCUCACCGUCAUGUGCACGGAGCGCUACCUGGCCGUCACCCAGCCGCUGGACACGGUGAGACGCUCCAAGAGUUACCGCAAAGCUCUGGCGUGGGGCGUGUGGCUGCUGUCUCUGUUCCUCACGGUGCCCAUGAUGGUGAUGGUCGCACAGACCACCAAGACCGCCCCGAACGGGGGCGUGAAGAGGAUGUGCGCGCCCACGUGGGCACCGCUGGCUUAUAAAGUGUACGUGACGGUCCUGUUCGGCACCAGCAUCAUGGCCCCGGGGCUGGUGAUCGUCUUCCUGUACGUCAGGUUGGCGCGCACCUACCUGGAGUCCCAGCGCAGCUGCGUGAUCCAGGGCGGCCGCCGGUCCCCGAAGCAGAGGGUCCUGAUGAUGAUCUUCACCAUCGUGCUGGUCUUCUGGGCCUGUUUCCUGCCCUUCUGGAUCUGGCAGCUGCUGCCUCUGUACCACACCGAGCCGCUGGGUCUGGCCUCGCAGACUCACACCUGCAUCAACUACCUGGUGGCGAGUCUCACCUACAGCAACAGCUGCAUUAACCCUUUCCUCUACACGCUGCUCACCAAGAACUACCGCGAGUACCUGAAGAACCGCCACCGCAGCUUCUACAGGUACACGUCCUCCUUCAAGCAGCGGCCCCCCAGCCUCUACUCCUGGGGCAAGUCCGCGUCCUCCAGCAACCAGUUCGAGUUCACCUCCGAGACCCUGGUCAUGGGGACCCGGAAGUGACAUGUGAGCCACGUGGGCGAGAAGAGGAAACGUUCAGAGCCGCGACAGGGUUCGUCCAACUCCGUGGGCGGCGCCAUCACCCAGGGUGCCUCAGGGCAGGGCGGGGUCAGAGAUGCCGUGUGCAGGGUCGCAGGUGAAGGACACGGUGAUGGCGUAGCGCGUCCCCCACGUCACCUUCUCCA